AGACACCCGGGGGGUCAACGAGUGAUCAGCCACUGGGCCGGCGAAGAUGCCACGGAUGCAUUCCAGGCUUUCCACAUCAAUCCCACCUUGGUGCAGAAGUUUCUCAAGCCAUUACUUAUUGGAGAGCUUGCUCCAGGGGAACCUAGCCAGGACCGAGACAAAAAUUCCCAGCUGGUGGAGGAUUUCCGGACCCUGAGGAAGACAGUAGAGGACAUGGACUUGUUCAGAGCAAAUCCUUUGUUCUUCUCUCUUUACUUGGGCCAUAUCAUUGUAAUGGAAGUAUUGGCCUGGUUAAUGGUUUCAUACUUCGGCAAUGGCUGGAUCAUAACUCUCAUCCUCUCCUGCAUCCUUGCAACUUCCCAGGCCCAGGCAGGGUGGCUGCAACAUGAUUUUGGACACCUCUCUGUCUUUAAGAAGUCUUCCUGGAACCACAUUGUCCACAAGUUUGUCAUUGGACACCUAAAGGGUGCCUCUGCAAACUGGUGGAACCAUCGUCACUUCCAACACCACGCCAAGCCCAACAUAUUCAAGAAGGACCCAGAUGUGAACAUGCUGCAUAUUUUUGUCCUUGGAGAUACACAGCCUGUUGAGUAUGGCAAGAAGAAGCUGAAGUACUUACCUUACAACCACCAGCACGAGUACUUCUUCCUCAUCUUCCCACCUCUGCUCAUCCCUUUGUAUUUCCAAAUACAAAUCAUCUCGACCAUGAUCAAGCGCAGGUUCUGGGCGGACCUAGCCUGGGCCAUCAGCUACUACAUACGCUACUUCAUCACAUACAUCCCAUUUUAUGGCGUUCUGGGAUCCCUGUUUCUCCUCACUUUUGUCAGGUUUCUGGAGAGUCACUGGUUUGUGUGGGUCACGCAGAUGAAUCACAUUCCAAUGGAAAUUGAUUCCGAGAAGCACAGAGACUGGCUUAGCUCUCAGAUGGCAGCCACCUGCAAUAUCGAGCAGUCCUUCUUCAACGACUGGUUCACCGGGCACCUGAAUUUUCAAAUCGAGCACCACCUGUUCCCAACAAUGCCACGGCACAAUUUCUGGAAGGUGAAACCUUUGGUGAAGUCAUUAUGUGCCAAGUAUGGAGUCCAGUACGAAGAGAAGCCUCUUGGAAAAGCAUUUGUAGACAUCGUUGGGUCCCUAAAGAAAUCUGGAGAUCUAUGGCUGGAUGCUUACCUCCAUAAAUGAACAUGAAUCUUAAUGGGGAGGUGUGAGUGACCGGGAGGGAUGGGGGGUGUGCGGGGGGGAAAUCACACACGUCUUUUACUCUCAGAUUUCAGUCUAUAUCUACUUGAACAUUUGGAGGGGAAUUUCCUGUCUUGUCAGCUGCUACUGGGGAUGGGCUCAGGCAACCUGUUUAAUCCAGACAGAACUAAAACAUGCUUCAGAGGAUGAAAAGCGAUGCCAAUAUUGCACAAAAUGAAAGGUUGGGAGAG